AUGUCUCCAAUUCAGUUCCAAAUCAUGUCAGAUCUCCAUCUGGAGACUCCAAGUGCGAGGCCGACAUACCAGCACUUCAAGAUCAAACCAGAAUGCAGAUAUCUGGCUUUUCUGGGUAAUAUUGGAAAUGUUCUAGAUUAUGAUCUCAUCGCCUUUCUUGAAGACCAACUAAGGGUGUUUGAAAUUGUCUUCUUCGUACAAGGAAACCACGAGGCAUACGGGACUAAGGUUAUGGCAGCCGUGGUGACCAUGUUGUGCUUUCAACGUACAAUGGAUGAUUUUCGCGGAGAGGGGCGUGACGUGUUGGGUAGCACACUUUUUUCUCGUAUCAUCAACGAACAACGCGAAUCUGUUUCCCUCUUCUGCUCCGAUUUUUCGGAGAUAUCGGAGUGGGAUGUUAAUACUCACAAUGCUUCUCAUCAGAAAGAUCUCACUUGGUUGAAUUCUCAAGUGGAGCAAAUAACACGAGAAGAUGCCAAUCAAGUCCGGCUAUGGGCUUUUGGGCAUACACAUUUCAAUUGCGAUUUCGAGGAAGUAGGGACGGGAAAAAGAAUUGUGGCAAAUCAGAAAGGCUACAAAGAGAGCGAAGUAGCCACUUUCGAUGUGGCGAAGGUGGUUGAGAUUGAGAGUUUCGAAGCGCCUUCCCAGGGUACUCUGAGCAAUAUGUUGAAGUGUAAUACGUGUAGAAGUGUUUCUGAGUCACUUAAGAAGUGUGCGGGUUGUGCAAGUGCAUUUACAAGGGAGAGGGGUGGACUCUCUGUUCGUCUAUUCAUUCCUUUAACCUCUCUUGUUAAUCAACUCGGCGGAUCACAGGAUUUCAAUGUAAUCCCCGAAUCACGUUAUCCUUUACCAAACCUUCAAACAGCACUUUCCCCAAACGUGAAAUAUCAACCGAAACAUCAACAAAUGCUCCGGAUGUACAAAUUCUCCAAUCCUCCUUUAACACAGUCCUCAAUCGAGAUCAAUGUUGGAUUUUCAUACUACUUAUCUCUCAAUGAUGUUCCAGCUCAGCUUCUAUUGCAUAGUCAAUCUAUAUGGCUGAUCCCUGAAAAGAUUAACACGACGUCAUCCCUCGCCAAAGCCCUAGCCAUUGAGUUUUCGCUUCUUCGGGGAUUCGUGACGUUAGAUGAGGAAGAUGAUAGGACGGCAGUAGUUCGGCUUAUCCCGGAGUGCAUUGAGACCCUUCAUAAACCAUCCAAUCUGAUGCAUACAAUCCGCGACAGCAUCGUAUGCAUUCUCCCUGCCCUUGUUUGCCUCAAGGCGAUAGUCUCGCCCAGUCACUUCUCGGACCGCUUGAUUCGUUGUCAUUAUGCACAUGUUGCUGUAGAAUUUCCAUGGAUUCUCAAGCUUGCAAGCAGUGUACGCAGUAUCGAUCCAUCGAUUAUCCUGCAUACUUCCGUUUGCCCAAAUUUUGACUUCUCCAAAUGA